UGUGCAGGGCGGGGGUUGGGGGCUUUCCCUCGGUGCAGGCCCCAGCCUUCGGAGGAGCUUCCCAGCCGGUGGGAAGGCGGUCUGCUGGCGUGGUGCCCCGCUCGGGAGCAUGCCCGUUAUGCUGAGGAAGGGGCGAAAGUAGUGGUUUGGCUUUAUCAGGAGUGACGUGCGUCCUGCGGGUUUUAGCUUAGAGCGAUCAGUAUCCCUGAGAAUAGGGCUUACCUAGUUUACUUAAAAGUUAGCUGAAGUUUUUAAGGUUCAGUGUGGUGACUUCCCUCAUCUAUUGGUGUAUGGACCAUCAGGAGCUGGAAAAAAGACAAGAAUAAUGUGUUUAUUAAGGGAAUUAUAUGGUGCAGGAGUGGAAAAGCUGAGGAUUGAGCAUCAGAGUAUAACGGCACCUUCUAAAAAGAAAAUUGAAAUUAGCACCAUUGCAAGUAAUUAUCACCUUGAAGUUAACCCAAGUGAUGCGGGAAACAAUGACCGUGUAGUAAUUCAGGAACUCUUGAAGACAGUAGCACAAUCCCAACAGCUUGAGACAAGUACUCAACGAGAUUUUAAAGUGGUGCUGUUAACAGAAGUCGACAAACUCACUAAAGAUGCUCAACAUGCUUUGAGAAGAACAAUGGAGAAGUACAUGGCAACCUGCAGGUUGAUCCUGUGCUGCAACUCCAUGUCAAAAAUUAUAGGACCUAUUCAAAGCAGAUGCCUGGCUGUACGAGUGCCUGCUCCCAGCAUUGAAGAUAUCUGCCAUGUCUUAUCCAGUGUGUGUAAGAAAGAAGGUCUGACUCUUCCUCAGGAACUGGCUCAAAGACUUGCAGAAAAGUCAGGCAGGAAUCUUCGGAAAGCACUACUUAUGUGCGAGUCCUGCAGAGUACAGCAGUAUCCUUUUACUGCUGAUCAAGACAUUCCUGAGAUGGACUGGGAAAUUUAUUUGAGAGAAACUGCAAGUGCUAUUGUUGGUCAACAGACACCACAAAGGCUUUUAGAGGUCCGUGGACGGCUUUAUGAACUCCUGACACACUGCAUUCCUCCUGAGAUUAUAAUGAAGGGUCUCCUGUCAGAACUUUUAAAUAACUGUGAUGGACAACUGAAAGGAGAAGUUGCACACAUGGCAGCCUUCUAUGAAUACCGCCUGCAACUAGGCAGCAAGGCCAUUUAUCAUCUGGAAGCAUUUGUAGCAAAGUUUAUGGCAAUUUACAAGAAGUUUAUGGAGGAUGGACUAGAUGACAUGAUGUUCUAACUCUGAUGCCCAAAGUCAUACACAGAAAGGUGUAUCAUGAUGCCAGUAAUGUUGCAGAUGUCUACUUGUCUAUACUUGAUUUCAUGUGGGUUUCAUUCAAAGUCAGAUAUGCUGUUAAUAUAAACCUCAGUGAACUAAAGAACAAUGUUUGUUCAGUUUUAGAAACCAGCUGUAUUUUUUUGACAGUCACAAAUCCAUCUUUAGAUUCAUACAAAAUACAUUAGCCUUUCAGAAGGACAGGUUGCUUUGGAAGACACAUAAGAUCAUAGUUGCUCUGCAGUGUUUGUAAGCUGGCAUUAAGAAGAGAGAACAGGGAUGCUGCAUGCUUGCUUUUUGAUUGCUCAGACAAGGCUGUAAGCAAAAGAUGAUUCUUCCAUGUUGUGGCAAGUUCUAAUAGUUUGAGCAUAUUAUGUUCUGCUUGCUGAUUUAAUGUAUCUCACUAUUUGUCGUCUUUUUGUUCUAGCCAUGCUGUUUUCUGAGGUCUCCUGACACAGUGUUUUCUGACUCUUGUUUGUAAGCAGUUACAUUGGAAUUGAGGAUGAGCAAUACUUUUGUGUUGCUUGUAAAUCAGUUUGACAACAUGAAACACUUUGUUCAGAAGGAAUGGACCU